ACCACUGCAACACAGCGAGCGCGCCUUUAAGUUUAGCUGAAGCUCGCUGUAGUGAGCUGCAUGUUAUGUCACCUCCAGCUAAGACACAUCUACACACGGACAUCAGUGACAACCAGGCUCCUUCUCGUGAGACACGAACGAGCUACAUUGAAGCAGUCAGAAUGUUGGGGGCUGUGGUUGUUGGCAUUGGCACAGCAGGUUGGGUGAGAAUCCGAGACAUGUUGGCUCCUGAACCUGGCAGUCUUGCAGAGAAACUCAAUGUCAGAGGAUUCAUAUCCAGGAGAAGCCUGGACCCUCAGCAGGGAGUGAGUCAGAUCUCCAUAGAAGAGGCUGUGAGUAGAGAUGACAUUCAUGUGGCGUUCAUCUGCACUGAGAAUGUGUUGCACGAGGACAACGUCAGCGCUUUUCUGCAGGCAGGAAAACACGUCUGUGUGGAGUACCCCAUGACCACGAACUACAAGGCUGCUGUGGAGCUCUGGGAUUUAGCCCAGAAAAAAGGAGUGAUUCUCCAUGAAGAACACAUUGAGCUGCUGACAGAAGACUACAAAGCACUGAGGAGAGAGGUAGAGGGUAAAAUCCUGCAGGAAGGAACUCUUCAUUUUACAGGUGGAGCUCUGAAGCCCGGAUUUGGUUUCCCAGCAUUCAGUGGCAUUGCUCGCCUCACCUGGUUGGUUGAGUUGUUCGGUGAGCUGUCAGUUACUGUAGCAACCAUGGAGGAAGACCCUGCUAACAACUACAGCAAGAUGACUGCAAAGCUGCUCACUUCUGACAACAGACCUCUGACGUGGAUUGAGGAACGUGGGCCAGGCCUCCCCAGGGCCAAGAACAUCAACUUUCACUUUGACUCCUGCACUCUGACCCAGAUCCCACCUGCACCUAGAGGGAAUGUGGGCCUCUUCAUGCAGGACCUCAUCCACUUCUCUGCCAAGCUGGAGGGCCAAGUGAGUGUUGAGGAGCUCCGCAGAGAGAAAAUCCGGGUCCUUCACUGCUUGCAGUUGGCAGAGAGGAUACAACAACUUUGCUAAAGUUAAAUGGGGACUGUCCAUGAAAUACACAUAAAACUUUAUUUAAACAUUCACUUAUUAUAUGUUAUCUUCAUAUUUCAUCACCAUGCCCUUAAGUUUUUGUAUUUUGUUGUUAAAAUCUUUCAAAGUAUUACUUGAUAUUAUUACAUUCAGAGAAUAAUGAGUAAAUGAAUUGAACACUUCCUAACAUGAUCUGCACAUAUUUGGACAUGGGUGCCUAAAAGUAGAAUAUUUGGAUGACUGGAAAUAUCAUAUAGACCAGUUCUCUAGAAUCCAGCAAAGAUUUAGUAUCCUACAUUUAGUGUCUAUGCUUCUGUAUCUGCCUCUCACACAAACACACACACAGUAGAGUGGUUUUACAAAAGAUGUUGACAGCUUCAUAUUAAGCUUUGAAUAUAUACCUGUUUAAUAAAAAUUUUGAACAAAGACGCAAUUGGAAAAUGUCUUAAACACCAAACCAAAAUGGUAAAUUUUAAGAGAGGGAGGAACAUUAAGGACAGAGUUGACAACAUGUCCACCGUAAAAGUAAAAAUGUAAAUUAGGCAACAGGGUUUAUAACUGUAUAACUCUUAUCCAUGUGUGAAUGAUGUACAGAAAACAUCACAUGUAAAAGCAUACAAUGUUCUUAAUGAUCUUGCUAAAUAAUUUGAUGUAAAAAUCAAUUCAAUGAACAAUCCAUCAAAGUGAAAAAAUAAAGAACUACAAUAUUGUGUCUUC